AAAAUACACAGCAAAAUGCACAAAGCGUUCGUUGACAAGAAAUUGGAAGAAUAAGCAAAGACUGAAUUCUUCUACAAGGUCAAAGAGAACCAACACAGUUGCAGAUAUCAAGCCUUGUCUCGAUAUUUCCCAACCAUUUGCGAGAUCGACACCAAGAGGAUGCCAGACAAAGAUGGUGCCGAAAAGCUACAACAUAUUUUCCGCCACCAAUGCUGUAACAUCCGAUUCACUGGUCCACGACGUAACCAUGAUCAACCAAGGACAGAUUGAUAAAAAUUCUUAUGAACUCGAAUCUGCCUCUGAUUUUUUCCCAGAUCCAGAAUCAGAUUUGACAAUCGUCUCUGUACUAUCGGAUUUCGAAUCAGAUUGCUCUUCCAUUGAUUUUUCUGAUGUAGAAUCCGAAUGUGGAUCAGAUUCAUCGUGGGGAUCAAGUUUCGAGUCAAUCGCAAUAUCGGAUUUGGAUUAUAACGACGAAUGCGAAACAAACUCAGAAUUUGAAGAUGAAAAAGAGACUGAUCUCGACUUGACGAUUGUAACAGAUAGAAUCUUUGAGACUCGUUUUCAUGAUUGGUUGGGGCUAUCGUCAAUCAGAAAAUUGCAUUAUCUAUCGAUUAGAAAUCGAGGACUAGGUGCAUUCAAAGAAUUGGGCGGAUAUGAUAUUUGGGAUACAGUUACGUCCGUUGAUGAAAUG